UGCCGUGCACUCUUAGACCAAGGGAAGGACCGACCUGAGCCACCUGAGCUGGCUUUUUACGACGUCUUAGGUACAUUGAUUAAACCUUCAUCGCUGGUACCUCGUAAUGCCCAACGCAUGCAAGAGGUGCCAUUUUACUUUACAUUGACACCGCAACAGGCUACAGAGAUUGCUUCAAAUCGUGACAUUCGUAGCAGCUCAAAAGUUGAACAUGCUAUCCAAGUGCAAUUGCGUUUCUGUUUGCUGGAGACAUCUUGUGACCAAGAUGAUUGCUUUCCACCUAGUGUGGCCGUUAAGGUGAAUAACAAAAUGUGUCAGCUACCGAAUGCAUUACCACAAACGCGUUCAAAUAUGGAACCCAAAAGACCUCCACGUCCUAUAAAUGUAACCUCAAAUGUUAAACUAUCGCCAACAGUAACAAAUACCAUUACUGUACAAUGGUCGCCGGAUUAUACUCGCGGAUAUUGCAUCGCUGUUUAUCUUGUUAAGAAAUUAACAUCUGCCCAACUAUUGACACGACUGAAAACUAAAGGUGUAAAGCCAGCGGAUUAUACUCGAGCUCUAAUUAAAGAAAAAUUGCGUGAAGAUGCUGAUUGUGAGAUUGCCACGACAAUGCUGAAGGUCACUUUAAAUUGUCCUUUGGGAAAAAUGAAGAUGUCCAUACCUACUCAUUUGCAAUGUUUCGAUGCCAACUUGUAUUUGCAAAUGAAUGAACGCAAACGUACGUGGAAUUGUCCUGUGUGUGAUAAGCCUGCAGCUUUCGACAAUCUUGUAAUUGACGGUUAUUUUCAAGAGGUUUUAGCUUCAAAUCUAUUGAAAUCUGAUGAUACCGAAAUUCAAUUGCACAAAGAUGGUUCAUGGAGUACACAUAGCUUCAGAGCAGAUUCGCAAAUCUUAGAUAUACCCACUAAGCCGGUGGAAAAAGUGGAAGUAAUUUCAGACGAUAUAGAACUCAUUACCACAGAGGAUGUUAAGCCAAUUAAAGCCGCUGCUGUUUCGGUUACAGUUACUUCGAACGAGUUACCUUCCUCCACCACAAAUAGUGAAACAGUGGACUGAACUUUAAGUGAUUCGGAUGAUGACGAUACGCCAUUGGCUAAGAGACGGCCUGCGUGUAAGAUCAAUACUUCAUCUGCAACUUCAUCCACCGUGUCCACAUCAAAUAUAAACGGUAAUUCAGCAAUAGCGGGUCAGCAUCGUGGCGUGGAUGUGCAGCAGAAAACUGAUGCUGAUCUAACAAUUAUCUGUUUAGAUUCACCCUCGUCGCCCUCAACUCCAGUUCGAUCUCCCAAAAUAGAUGUGUCGUCGAUGAACGAUUUCAAAGUUUAUCAAAAUAAAGACGCGAAUAAAUUCUUAGAAAAUCCUCCAUCCUGCGAAAGAUGAUUCAUUUUAUUGUCCCGAAAUAUAUACGUGCCAGAGCCAAUUUUAUAUUUUUUAUAAAAUGUAAUGAAUUAUUACGCAUUUGUUUUAAAAGAGAAUGUCAAAUAUUUUGUAUUUCUUUAUACAAAUUUUUUUUUUUCAAGUUCUUUUCCCCUUGUUCUGCGUAUACCAAUAUACACUUGUAUUGCAUCGAAAACUUUUGAAAUUUUUUUUCAUAAAACGGCUUUUUAAAGUGAAGCGUUAUGUGGUCGAGAGUGGUCGAAAAAGUUGAUCGAUCCGAACAAUUUUCAAUAGGAUUUUCAAGCUUAUAUCGAUUCAGAAAAUGGUUCAUCCAUUAUCCAUCACUUAAGAAGAAGGAGAAAAAAACUUUAAUUGUAUAUGAAUUACGGGCGAAUACAUGGAUCAAUUAUUUGGUUUUCGAAGUUAAAUUGACGCGAGUGACAAGGAGAAAAAUGAAAAUCACUUUUGUUUUUUCAAAAAACAUGUUUAGGUUCCAAUCAUGAUUUCAAUAGAUAUAGAAAUGCUCUGUAGACAAAUCGAAAGGCAUGGCUUAUUCGUUUGUGUUAUGCACGUCGGCGAAAUGUUUAACUUUCUAAUGGUAUAACUCAAUAAUAUGGUCUCUAUGAUCAGUGUAAAAGUAUUAAUUUUCCUUGACUUGCAUGGGUUUGCCACUUGACCUGGACAGAUAAUUAUUUCCGUUUUCCCUUUCCAUCAAUAAAAGAAAAUUCGUUGGAAAUUGCUUCCAUAUUCUCUCAAUGAGGAAGGAAAUCGAUAUCACAUCUUUCUCAUAUUGUGCUUGAUUUCUCAGUGGGAAGUAUUGAUAGCUUUCUGUCGUCAUUCUACAAUAUAUUAAAUCAAGCUUUUUCUGCAUCCGUUCCGAUCAAGCAGUCCCGUCCUCGAACGACAUUACCAACCUUCACGGGCUUGAUAGCGCUACCUACAGCUUUUUCUAGUUCAGCAAUACGACCGGACAAGUGCGCAUUUUCACGAACUAGUUCCAUGAGCACCUUCUCAUAUUCGUUGGCUACAGACAAUAGCGACCUCACCUCUGGCCCAGUGACACCGGCUUUGAAAAUCUUAUUAUACAAACCCUCAGUCACCGCCUUGAAUUUCUCAAUGAA